AUGGAAUCUGCUGGUAUCCACGAGACAACCUACAAUAGCAUCAUGAAGUGCGAUAUCGAUAUCCGAAAAGAUCUCUACGCAAAUAAUGUUUUAUCCGGUGGUUCGACCAUGUACCCCGGUAUUGCAGAUAGGAUGCAGAAAGAAAUCACAGCUUUAGCGCCAAGUACGAUGAAAAUUAAAAUUAUUGCACCACCUGAGCGCAAAUAUUCCGUAUGGAUCGGUGAUGUGGAUCUCGAAGCAGGAAUACGAUGA